AUGAAUUGGCUUGCAUGGCUUGCCAUGGUGGUGACCUUUCAGGCCAUCCACCAGGCGAAUGCAAAAGCUGUGUUUGCCCAUUUUAUGGUCACAAACUCCGAGAACUAUACUGCUUCUGACUGGCAGUCAGACUUCAAGUUGGCCCAGGAUGCCCAUAUCGAUGCGUUCGCCCUCAACAUGGCAUGGGAAGACAAGACCAAUGACGCUUCCGUGGCCAUGGCCUUCACUGCUGCCGAGGCGAAGGGAUUCAGGCUAUUCUUCUCAUUCGACUAUGCUGGCAAUGGACCUUGGGACCAAGAUGCUGUCACCAGCAUGAUCCAAAAAUACAGUUCCAGCUCUUCAUACUUCCAGUACAACGGGAAGCCAUUCUUUUACACCAAUUUGCCAGGAUACAACAAGAACUGGCUUUGGAACAGUGGUAGCCUUUGGCACGACCGCUGGCAAGAGCUUUACGCUCUUGAUCCAAUGCCAGAGUUCGUUGAAAUCAUAUCUUGGAAUGAUUACGGCGAAUCCCAUUACAUUGGCCCGAUUCGCGAGAACGCUUUGGCUGCCCUUGAUAUCGGUGAAGCUCCAUUCGACUUCGUGGCAGGUUACCCACAUGACGCCUGGCGCGAUAUGCUUCCUUUCUUGAUCGAUUUGUACAAAACUGGAAGUGCCUCGAUGGGCAACGGUCUAGCUACCUUCUGGUAUACCCCUAAUCCGCUAGACUACUGCAGCGUUGGGGGAACAACACUCAAUACCGCCUCUCAGCUGCAAAUUGAAUACAAUCCGAAGGAGAAAUUGGAAGCUCGAAUUUGGGUUAUGUCAUUAUUCAGCGACGGCAAUACUGCGGUGUUCGUCAACGGUGAAUCUGUGGAGUGGGACUUCAUACCCGAUGGCUCGGUUGGAGCUGCUAUCCGGUUUGGGAGCGUAGCUGCACCAAUUGGAAUGGUUGAAGUCAAUUUGAUUGUCCAUGACGCAGUGAUGCAACUCACUAAAACCAUCGACAUCACCACAUCAUGUGAUGGGGGCUUCAACAACUUCAAUGCGUGGGUGGGAAGCGUUGGAGGAGGGAGUCCCUACGGUGACAUAUACUCUACUUUAGUCGACAUAAAAGACCAGGAGUGCGUUCAAGGGAAGGGCGCCUACGACUUCAAUGCCCUUUGUAACUUUACCUGCUCUUACGGGUAUUGCCCUGUCGGUGCAUGCACCUGCGAGCAGAUGGGUGCUGCCCGUUCCAAGCCCAAGGCGACGGGCACGACGGGCUACCCAGCAGAAGGGAAAGAUGCCAACUACGUGGGGCUCUGCAGCUUUGCCUGCAACUACGGCUAUUGUCCUUCCGCGACAUGUGACACGACUGAACAUCCCAUGCCGGUCCCUACAGUUUCGGACUUCCUCCCGCCGGCCUGUGUUGCCCUGUCCCAGGGCCAGAUGGGAUACUGGUCGAAGGUCUUUGCAAGCGCGAAGAAAACCCGCCGCACCAUUCCUCUGCCAGUACUCCCUGCUUCCACAAGUGCAACUGAAUGUGUUGUAGCCGAUGACUAUAUCCAGUGGGAUGAUGUUAACGAUGAUAUUCCCGAUGUCACCGGCCAGGUACAUUUCGGAGACUCUUUCGCCGCAGGAAUGGGCACGGGAAACACACCUACGGCGCAAAAAUGCCGAGUGGGAUCGAAUAAUUUCGGCCAACUGUUACACGAUUCGUUCGUGGGGGGCUUUGAUUACCAGAAUCUAGCUUGUUCUGGAGACACUGUUGCCGGACUUUACGACAAGCUUCACGGGUGGCAGAACCCGACAGUGGACAGCCUGGCCACCAUGACGAUCGGCGGCAAUGACUUGGAUUUCUCGAAUAUCGUCAAGCAUUGCAUUCUGAGAUAUUUCCGCGCCCUCGUUGGCUGGGAUGCUGCGUGGUGUUCUCACUACAAAAGCGCCGCCAAGAGUCUCAUGGCGGAUACCGGCGCAGACGGGCUGCAGUAUAGAUUCACCUCUAUUUACCUUCGGAUUAUUGGCUGGGCCCAACAAAAUCCUGAUUUCAAUCUUUACGUCGCUGGGUAUCCAAGAUUCUUCAAUGCCGAUACAACACAAUGCAAUGAUGUUUCGUUCCGCUACUGGGGAUGGGAUAAGGUGGACCAUAGUGACGUUUGGCUGACAACCUCCCUGAGGACCGAGAUGAAUGACCUGGUGACAUCCCUCAACAAAGUCAUCGAAGCCGCGGUCCUUGACGCAAACAAUCUGGUUGGCAGAAAUGUCACUCACUUUGUCGACGUGGAUCCCAGUUUUGAGGGCCACCGCUGGUGUGAACCGGGCGUGAUAGAGCCGGAUCCGAGUCACAUGAGCACUGCCUUUUUCCUCAGCGGCUGGUCGGACAUUGAAGAGGGGGCCACGGUUGCGACAGCGGCUGACGAUAGCGCCGAUCUGAGUGUCCUGCAAGCAAGUGGCAGUCUUCCACUCCCGGAUGGAAACACAUGCAACACAACCCUCGGCGUCGAUCCCGACCCUGUCGAUGUUUACUGGUGCGAUAUCGCGUCAGCAGUUGCGUCUGAUCCGGAUGGAGAUAUCGCUACGCAAGUUGCACUCGCAAAUACAGCGCUUGCCAGCGGCGACUUUACCGCUCAAGAUGUGUCGCGGUUCUUGCCGACUCGGCAAAUCAAAACGUUCCAUCCGCGAAGUAUCGGUAUGGCUUUCUAUCGCGAUGCCAUUCUCGCUGCCAGGCAGCAGGUGGAGUACGGUUAUUGA